UGGUUUCGAGUGCUCAGAUAAAUAACAAAGAAUCCUUUGAGCCAAAGUUGUAUACGUAUUAAAAAAGUAUGCAGUUAUCAUCGAUUGACGAAAGAUAACGUCGCAUUUCCGAUCAAAAGAAAAUAUAAAUACUUGAUUAGACCCAAUUGGGUUAGUCAAUUUAAUUUGCUAAAUAACUUUAGAUUGGAAGUUACACAAGUUAAAACUAAUAAAAAUGUUUAACCAACUUUCAGCGAUUGUCUUUGUUGCAUUAAUUUCACUUUCUUGUUCGCAAUACACCUCGCGAGGCCAGUGUAAUGGUAGAGACCGAAGCUAUGUGAGCGCGGUACAGUUUUUCAAUUUGGAGCGAUUUGCAAGGAAUGGGGCGCCGUGGUACCCAGUUAUAUCAUACAGCAACGACAACGGCGAUUGCCAGACCGUAUCUUUUACCGUAACUGGCAGUAGAACUAUGGAUGUUGUGUACACAAACAAAAAUUUGGCCACCGGUAUAUCGUCUACAAAGGAAGCCAAAGUUACAUGGCAACCUGUUUCUUAUUUAUCGGCGGUCCUACGUCUAGAUUCCUCCGAUCUUGCCGAUUCAUUGGUAUUUAAAGUUAUCGGAAUGGUUUAUGAUGAAUUUACCAUUAUUUACAGAUGCGUCGAUUUAGACAAGCAAAAUAGACAGGAAUUUCUGUAUGUGAUGGGCCGAAAUAGUAGUUUGACGUCAGCACAACAAGCCAGUGUUAAUCAAAUACUUGAAGCAAGAAACCUUAAUGGAACACAGGUGAAUAUUAUACAGGACUCAACAAUCUGCUCCUCUUAAAGUAGCAUAUAAAACUACCAAAUUUGUAACAAAUUUAAUUACUAAAAUUGAAACCGUUAGCAAGAUGAAUAAACUCUUUUGAAUCAA